AUGAUUCGCUUCAUAUUAAUUCAAAACCGUGCGGGUAAGACACGUCUAGCAAAAUGGUACAUGAAUUUUGAUGAUGAUGAGAAACAGAAGUUGAUAGAAGAAGUACACGCUGUUGUUACAGUGCGAGAUGCCAAACACACGAAUUUUGUUGAGUUCCGGAACUUCAAAAUUGUUUACAGAAGAUAUGCGGGCCUAUAUUUCUGUAUUUGUGUGGACGUAAAUGAUAAUAAUUUGUGCUACUUGGAAGCAAUCCAUAAUUUCGUAGAGGUAUUGAAUGAAUACUUUCACAAUGUGUGUGAAUUGGAUCUGGUAUUUAACUUCUACAAGGUGUACACAGUUGUUGACGAAAUGUUCCUGGCGGGGGAGAUUAGGGAAACCUCACAAACUAAAGUGUUGAAGCAGCUUCUUAUGUUAAACUCUCUAGAA